CUCCCGCCCGCCCCGAGCGCGCGAGAGCUCCGCUCCCAUUUGCCGCGGCGGUGGGAGCCGAGGGCGGCGGCAGGCACGACCCCGGGUUGGCGGGACCCCGAGCCUGAGCGCGCGGAGCGAGGAGCGGCUGCGCGGGGUCGCGUCCAUGGGCCCGUGGCGGGCGGGCGGCGGCGCGGAGCGGCGGGCGGCGCGCGCUCUGUGAGGCCAAGGCCUUGGCGGGGAGGCCGCCGGGCAUGCCGUGCUGAGCCGCCGCCCGCCGCCGCCGGCCAUGUCGGCCGCCAAGGAGAACCCGUGCAGGAAAUUCCAGGCCAACAUCUUCAACAAGAGCAAGUGUCAGAACUGCUUCAAGCCGCGCGAGUCGCAUCUGCUCAACGACGAGGACCUGACGCAGGUGAGCGCCGGCGGGGGCGGGCGGGGCCGGGGACAAAGGGACGGUCCCCGCGGACAGGAGCGCGGCUCAGUCUGCGCUCCGGCCCGAGCCCGGCCUGGGGUGACUCAGAGACGCUGCCUCUCCUCUGGAGGAUGGGCCGCCUGCGGGUGCUUCUCAGGACCCCCCCCCCCCCCGGCCCCAGACGCAGUUUGCGCUGGGCCUGGGCCAUGUCCACCCGCGGCGUCCGCGUCUGGCUUUCUGUCCUUUUCGAAUCACUGUCAGCGUCUGCAGAGAGGCUGGGUGUGGAAGGAGGGGGAAGGGCUUCUGCAUGUGAACUUAACCCCCAGCGCCCCUUGCUGCUACUUCUGGGGAUGCUGGAGGUUCCCCGCUCCAUCCUGCUACUUGGUCAGGCUGCAGGAGACCCGCGGGCCUGGAGGAAGCCGAUCUCCUGCUCUUAACUGUCAUAGGAGGUCCUUGGAUGAGGCUGGUGGCUCCCAAACUUGCAUCAGACUCACAGCACAGACCCUAGGGCCAGGUCAGACAGAAUUGCCACUUCUAGCUCUUGAUGAGAAAAUCAUUUUCAGAUGGACAGCAAGUUGGUGUUCCAUCGGUGCAGGUUGUCUAGAGUUCAGUGCUCCCUGGCCAGGCCCUCUAACCAUCGUCUGUGCUCUGUUGCAGAAAUGGCAGCGGCGGUUCUUCAUCCUCUAUGAACAUGGGCUCCUGCGCUAUGCCUUAGAUGAGAUGCCCACAACCCUGCCUCAGGGUACCAUCAACAUGAACCAGUGCAGCGAUGUGGUGGAUGGGGAGGCCCGCACAGGCCAGAAGUUCUCCCUCUGCAUCCUGACGCCUGAGAAGGAGCAUUUCAUUCGGGCAGAGACCAAGGAGAUCAUCAGUGGAUGGCUGGAGAUGCUCAUGGUCUACCCCAGGACCAACAAGCAGAACCAAAAGAAGAAGCGGAAGGUGGAGCCUCCCACACCACAGGAGCCAGGCCCUGCCAAGAUGGCUGUCACUAGCAGCAGCAGCAGCAGCAGCAGCAUUCCCAGUGCUGAGAAGGUCCCUACCACCAAGUCCACGCUCUGGCAGGAGGAAAUGAGGGUCAAAGACCAGCCAGAUGGGAACAGCCUGAGUCCAGCCCAGAGUCCCAGCCAGAGCCAGCCCCCUGCUGCCAGCACCCUGAGGGAAUCCGGGCUGGAGAGCAAGGAUGAAGAGAGCAGCAUGAGCGGUGACCGUUUGGACUGUAGCCGCAAAGUCCGGGUAGAGAGUGGCUACUUCUCCCUAGAGAAGACCAAGCAGGACCUGAAGACUGAAGAGCAGCAGCUGCCCCCACCGCUCUCCCCCCCCAGCCCCAACACCCCCAACAACAGGUACAGUGGCCCUGGACCACCCACCCAGGAGCUUGGUCAUCCUAUUCCUUCCCCAGGUCCUCAGCCCUCCAGCCGGGUCUGCAGCAGCUUCCCCAAUGUCCUGGACAUUUGCAGCCGGCCCCCUGGCCACUCGUAUGCCGAUGGCACUGGAGGGCGGGGAGCAGAGAGACCAGGGCAUUCCCUUGCCUUUAAAGCCAGCAGGCAAUAUGCCACCCUGGCCGACGUCCCUAAGGCCAUCAGGAUCAGCCACCGAGAAGCCUUCCAGGUGGAGAGAAAGCGGCUGGAGCAUAGAACUCGAGCCCGGAGUCCUGGCAGGGAGGAGGUGGCCCGUCUGUUUGGCAGCGAGCGGAGGAGGUCCCAGGUCAUUGAGAAAUUUGAGGCCUUGGACAUUGAGAAGACAGAACACAUGGAGACCAACUUGUCAGCUGGGCCCUCGCUCUCCAGUGACACUCGCCAGGGCCGCAGUGAAAAAAGGACCUUCCCCAGGAAGCGGGACCUCACCAGUGAAGCCUCCACAGCCCCGCUGCCAGACACUGCGGCCUCCCCCCUGUCUCCACACCGAAGAGCCAAGUCACUGGACAGGAGGUCCACGGAGUCCUCCCUGACGCCUGACCUGCUGAACUUCAAGAAAGGCUGGCUAACCAAGCAGUAUGAGGAUGGCCAGUGGAAGAAGCACUGGUUUGUCCUUGCUGAUCAAAGCCUGAGAUACUACAGGGACUCAGGGGCUGAGGAGGCAGCUGACCUGGAUGGAGAAAUUGACUUGUCCACAUGUUAUGAAGUCACAGAGUAUCCAGUCCAGAGAAACUAUGGCUUUCAGAUACAUACAAAGGAGGGCGAAUUCACUCUCUCCGCUAUGACAUCAGGCAUCCGGCGGAACUGGAUCCAGACCAUCAUGAAGCAUGUCCAUCCCACCUCUGCCCCAGAUGUGACAAGCUCACUGCCAGAGGAGAGGAGUCGGAGCAGCAGCUCCUUUGAGACCUGCCAGCGGCCAAGUGAGAGGCAGGAGGCAGAGCAUGGGGAGCCAGACCCAGAACAGAAGCGCAGCCGGGCACGGGAGCGACGAAGGGAGGGCCGCUCCAAGACCUUUGACUGGGCUGAGUUCCGCCCCAUCCAGCAGGUGUUGGCCCAGGAGCGUGCCAAUGCCACCGGGGUACCUGAGGCCCGGCCCAACACUGAGUCAGGGGAGCUGGAACGCGAGCGAGCCCGGCGGCGGGAGGAGCGGCGCAAACGCUUCGGGGUGCUGGACGCUGUGGACGGCCUGGGCACUGAAGACCCGACCCUGCGCAUGGAGGUGGACCGGAGUCCUGGGCUGCCUGGGCCCCCUAACCUCAGGGCACAAAAUGUCCAUGUGGAAAUUGAGCAGCGGUGGCAUCAGGUGGAGACCACGCCUCUCCGGGAGGAGAAGCAAGUGCCCAUUGCCCCCUUACACCUGCCCUCCAUUGAGGAUGGAAAUGACCGGCUCCCCACCCAUGAGCUCACCUCCCUACUGGAAAAAGAGUUGGAGCAGAGCCAGAAGGAGGCCUCGGACCUUCUGGAGCAGAAUCGGCUUCUGCAGGACCAGCUGAGGGUGGCACUGGGCCGAGAGCAGAGUGCCCGGGAAGGCUACGUCCUACAGACUGAAGUGGCCACUUCCCCCUCCGGCGCCUGGCAGAGGCUCCACAAAGUCAACCAAGAUCUGCAGAGUGAGCUGGAGGCCCAGUGCCAGCGCCAGGAGCUGAUCACGCAGCAGAUCCAGGCUCUGAAGCAUAGCUAUGGGGAGGCCAAGGAUGCCAUCCGGCACCAUGAGGCCGAGAUCCGAGGCCUGCAGGCCCGGCUGGGCAACGCUGCUGCAGAGCUUGCCAUCAAGGAACAGGCACUGGCCAAGCUCAAGGGCGACCUGAAGCUGGAGAAGGACAAGGUGCGUGAGCAGCUGGAGGGAUGGCAGCACAGUGAGGCCACACUGAGCAGCCAGCUGCAGGCCAGUGAGCAGAAGCUCAAAAGUGCAGAGGCCCUACUGCUGGAGAAGACGCAGGAGCUGCGGGACCUGGAGGUGCAGCAGGCCCUGCAGCGGGACCGACAGAAGGAGGUGCAGCGGCUGCAGGAGCGCAUCGCCGAGCUUAGCCAGCAGCUCAGCACCAGUGAGCAGGCCCAACGGCUGAUGGAGGAGAAGCUGCAGAGGAACUAUGAGCUGUUGCUGGAGAGCUGCGAGAAGGAGAAGCAGGUGCUGCUGCAGAACCUGAAAGAGGUGGAGGAUAAGGCCAGCGCCUACGAGGACCAGCUCCAGGACCACGAGCAGCAGAUGGAGGUGCUGCAGAAAGAGAAACUGAGUGCCAAGUGUGAGGGCAGUGAGGUUGUGCACCAGCUGGAGGAGCAGCUAGAGAUGAAGGAGGCCAACAUCCAGAAGCUGGCCGAGCAUGUGCAGAGCCUGCAGGAGGAGCGGGACCAGGUCCGGCAGCGCUUCCAGGAACUGGCAGAGCAUGUGGCCCUGUCAGACGGGGACAUGGUAGCACUUCAAGAGAAGCUGCACAAGAGGGAAGCUGACUACCAGAACCUGGAGCAUUCCUACUACCGGGUGGCAGGACAGCUCCAGAGUAUGCACACCCUGCUGAAAGAGAAGGAGGAGGAGCUAAAACACAUCAAGGAAGUACACGAGAAAGUUCUGGAAAAGAAAGAGCAGGACCUCAACGAGGCUUUGGUUAAAAUGGUCGCCCUAGGGAGCUGCUUAGAGGAAACUGAAAUGAAGCUCCAGGCUAAAGAAGAGAUCUUAAGGAAAUUUGCAAGUGAACCUUCAGAAGAAGUGGAAGAACCAAAGAGCACCCAGGAAGAAGCUGAAGUCGAUGGCGCUGGGCCCCCUGGCCUACAGCCACAACCCACCAGCUCCCUACCAUCACAGCUUGAGGAGGAUCCAGGGCCCAGCCCGGGGGAAGAGUGUGGAGAUGGCAGCCCCACCAAAGCAACCCCAAAGGCAGAGCUACCUGACAAGGGAGGGCACUCUCAGAGCACAGCCAAACCUGAUGCAGGAGUGCCCAGGGUGAAAAGGCAAAGGAUCCGCUUCUCCACAAUCCAGUGCCAGAAAUACAGCCACCCUGAGAGCUCGGAAAAGGCGUGGACCAGUAGCACAUCUUCCGACACCAGUCAGGACCACUCACCCUCAGAGGAAAGCAUGUCCUCAGAAGCGGCCCCCAGCACACUUCCAAUGGCCAGUGACUCCGACACUUACCUCUCCAUCAUCCACUCCCUGGAGACAAAGCUCUACAUCACAGAGGAGAAGCUCAAGGAUGUGACAGUGAAGCUGGAGAGCCAGCAAGGCCAGAGCCAGGAGGCACUGCUAGUGCUGCACCAGCAAUGGGCAGGCGCUGAGGCGCGGCUCCGUGAGCAGCUGCACUCCAGCGUGCUCCAGGUGGGCGCGCUGGCCUCACAGCUGGAGCAAGAGAGGCAGGCCCGGGCAAAGAUGGUGGACAGUCAUGUCGGGGAGCUCGGCGACUUCCAAGUCAAAAACAGUCAGGCCCUGGCUUGCUUAGAAAGCUGCCGAGAGCAGCUUCGAUCUCUACCGGGGGCCAGCCAGGAGGAGGCGCAAGACACAGGAGCGAGCCCGCUGGCCAGUGUGGAGAGAACACUGGUCAGUGCCAUACAGGCCCUGUGUCACUGUGCCCCUGUGGACAGUGGGGCCCAUGCCCAGCUCAAGGAUCAAGACCCACUGGACAAAGGCCAGUUGGUGCCACAGCAGCCUGAACUGCCAGAGGAGCAGCAGCUGAAACUUCUCUCAGAUCAGAUCACCCUGGAAGCCUCACUCAUCAACCAGAUUGCAGAGUCCCUGCAAAAUACCUCGCUGGACGUCUCACGCCUCCUCCAGGAGAUUACACAGGCCAGGAGGUGGCCCCUGGAGGUGGGGACCACUGCACCUUGUGCAGGAGCCCCCGCAGAAGCCUGGGCCAGGAAGGUGCUAGUGGAUGGCGAGUUCUGGAGUCGGGUUGAGUCCCUGAGCAAGCACCUGGGGGCACUGGGAGGCCAGGUGACUGGAGCCCCAGCAGGUGGGCAGCACAACCUCCUGCCCACCCUGCCACCUGACCUGGCUGAUGUCACAUGGGUCAGAGCAGAGCUCAGCUGUGCCAUGCAGUCUGUACGGGAAUCCUUCCAGCAGAGGCUGCAGAGUGUGCAGGCAACCCUGCAGGGUACCCAGACUGCCUUGCAGCAGCACAAGCACAUGCUGGGGGAGCUCCUGGGGGCCUACCACACUCCCGAUUUUGAGCGAGUGGUACAGCAGGUCUCAGAUGCCCUGGACCUGCCAGUGAGUGGUGAAGGUGGAACACAGGGGCCUGAUGCACAGACUGACCCAGAGGCACCCAGCUCACAGGAGCCCUUGCCGGUGUCUCCCCACCACCCCAGGGCCCUUGCGACUAUCCAGGAGGAACUGGCCCUGCAGCUCAAAGGGAAAGCCAACCUCUUGAAAGAGAUAGCUGCCACUCUGGCCUCUGUCCCCACCGUGGACUCUGUUAGAGACUGCCAGCAGUUCCUACAGGCCUCCCGUAGUCUCUCCUGCAGCCUGCAUGUGGGAGGCCUGAGCCACUACUCCUCACUGCUGGUCCAGGAUGCCAUCACCCAGGCACAGGUGUGCUAUGCUGCCUGCAGGGUCCGACUUGAGUAUGAGAAAGAGCUCCAGUGCUCCAAGGAGUCUUGGCAGAGCAGGGGGUUCUCCCCCUCACAGGACGUGAGGGCAGCCGGGACCCUACGGGAAGAGUAUGAGGGCCUCCUACAGAAGCAGAAGAGUGAGUACCUGGCAGUGAUGGCCGUCAUUGAGAGGGAGAAUGCAGACCUGAAGGCCAAAGUGGCCCAGCUGGACCACCAGCAGCACCACCACCUGGAGGAGGUGGAGGAUGCAUCAGCCCUGCAGGGCAGCUAUGAGCAGGAGGUCCAGGCAGUGGUGGCACAGCUGAACCAAGUGGAAAGCACACUACAGGCUGAGCACAGCCACAUCCUGAGCCAACUGGAUGCCUCAGCACGGGACCGACAAGACCUAGAGAGGCACCACGUGCAGCAGAUGCAGACUCUGGAGGACAGAUUCCAGCUCAAAAUCAGAGAGCUGCAGUCCAUCCACGAGGAGGAGCUGCGGGCCCUACAGGAACACUAUGCCCAGAGCCUGCAGCGCCUGCAGGAGGCCCUCCAUCUCUGCGGGCAGCAGCACCCUGAGGCCCUGCCUGCCCCCGGGCCCCCCUGCUCUAUCUGGCCUGCCUCCACAGAAGUUGAUUCCAUGCUGGGGCUGCGUGAGCGUGUCCAGGAGCUCAAGGCCCAGAUGGGUGUCAUGCGUGAGGAACUGGAACACAAAGACCUGCAGGGCGACGCGGCCUCACUGCGGGAGAAGUACCAGAAGGACUUUGAGAGCUUGAAGGCCACGUGUGAGCGAGGGUUUGCAGCAAUGGAGGAGACGCACCAGAAGAAGAUUGAAGACCUGCAGCGGCAGCACCAGCGGGAGCUGGAGAAGCUGCGGGAGGAGAAGGACCGGCUACUGGCUGAGGAGACCGCAGCCACCAUCUCAGCCAUUGAAGCCAUGAAGAACGCACACAGGGAGGAGAUGGAGCGAGAGCUGGAGAAGAGCCAGCGUUCCCAGAUCAGCAGCAUCAACUCAGACAUUGAGGCCCUGAGGCGGCAGUACCUGGAAGAGCUGCAGUCAGUUCAGCGGGAGCUGGAGGUGCUGUCAGAACAGUACUCACAGAAGUGCCUGGAGAACGCCCACCUGGCCCAGGCGCUAGAGGCCGAGCGGCAGGCCCUGCGGCAAUGCCAGCGUGAGAACCAGGAGCUCAACGCCCACAACCAGGAGCUGAACAACCGCCUAGCUGCAGAGAUCGCACGUUUACGGACACUAUUGACUGGGGAUGCCAGUGGGGAGGCUGCUGGCUCACCCCUCACACAGGGCAAGGACGCCUAUGAGCUAGAGGUCUUAUUGCGGGUCAAAGAAUCAGAAAUCCAGUACCUGAAGCAGGAGAUCAGCUCUCUCAAGGAUGAGCUGCAGACAGCACUGCGGGACAAAAAGUAUGCCAGUGACAAGUAUAAAGACAUCUACACAGAGCUCAGCAUCGUGAAGGCCAAGGCCGACUGUGACAUUGGCAGGUUGAAAGAGCAGCUGAAAGUCGCCACAGAAGCCCUGGGUGAAAAGUCCCCUGAAACCACCCCUGUGUCGGGAUACGAUAUAAUGAAAUCUAAAAGCAACCCUGACUUCUUAAAGAAAGACAGAUCCUCUGUCAGCCGGCAGCUCAGAAGCAUCAGGUCCAAGAGUCUGAAGGAAGGCCUGACGGUGCAGGAACGCUUGAAGCUCUUUGAAUCCAGGGACUUGAAGAAAGACUAGCCGUGUCCCCAUUCAGCCCGAACACGCCCUCCCCGCUGGCGGUAGCACAACCAGAGUGCUGCUUUUUGUCUGUACCUUUAUUUUUUUAUUAUUAUUGUCAUCAUUAACUGUGGGUAUGGAUGCAUGAAAGACUGGUUUAUGGGUUGUCCACACUACUCCCUGCCAUGUUGAUUCUGACUUCCUUUGAUCCAAGCUUUGUUUUCAUGGCAUUCUAACCUUAGCCAAAAGUGGGGCUCAGGGGGGCCAGUCCGGCUUUCUCAGAGUGAGAGCCCCUCCCUGCUGCUGUCGCCCACAGUCACUGUCAGUAUUAAGGCCCAGCAGCCUGGAUAAGCUAGUGUCUCUCUGAGGGCCCUACUGGGACCAGGUCCAAAGCCUGAGCGCCACUGCUCAUCUGUCUGCAGGGCUCUGAUCUGGUCACUUAGGGAGAGAACAAGCUGUCAGGAUGAGGUUUUAGCUUGGCUCACAGCACUGACAACCCACUGGCACAGAGCUGGAGGCACAGGCCCAGGACUUGGUUCAUCUCUGCGGUGGGCGCCACCUCUGGCCUGGCUGGAGGAUAGCAUUUGUAUUUGUUCCACUAACGCAGCUUUAGACCCGCACCCCAGAUAAUCGUAAACCUUUCACAACCUGGAAAAUGUGGAAAGCAACCAUUCCUAUCUUUGUUUUUUAUUAAAUCUUGCACAAAACCCCUGACCCUCUCAUUCCUUUCCUCCACUAUCUCCUCUCUGUCAGCAGUAACCCUGGUCUUCUAGCUCCCUAGAUGGCUGGCCUGUGGCCUGGGGUUGCAGGCUGGAGUUGCAAAUGAUGAGUCCCCUAGAGAGUCUCUCAUGAGAGAAGAUGAUGUAUUCCUACAGCCACUUAGAAAAGAAUUUUGCUUUUGAAAAGGUUGAGAGGAGACAUGUACAUGUUCUUCAGUAUCCCAUAUUGACUGACCACAAAACACUGCCCUGAAAAACCUUACCUUUGUUGUUCUACUAGGGUCCCAUGAAAACCAUAAACUCCAUUAUCAGUAUAUAGUGAUAUUAAACAAUAUUGAGUAUGAACACCACCUAACCCAGAGGGAACCUGGUUCUGUUCCCUCCAGAGUACGCUGGAAACACUGGAGGAGAAGGCUUAAAGGGACUUACCGAGGAUGCAUGGUAUCUGUUACUGUGUUGAUUUUAUUGCCAAGAGCUUGUAUAAACAUGAACACAGGUACUUUGGGAGUAAAGUAUAGAAGUCUUCUUGCCCUGUUUCUGGGGUUGUUAAUGAACAUCUGGAGAAAGUUCAAGGGCAAGCAAGGUCCUGGACCUGAACCCCACCGGCUCCCCAGCAGUAGAAGGUGCCCCCUGCACCCCUGCACCCCUUCACCCUCACCCCUUUGUGCACAAGUCUCUAAGCAUUUAAGCAAUAGCAGACAUUCCUUUGCUACCAGCCCAUUAUUUUUAAGGGCAAGAGAAAUGCUUUUAAAUACAUUUCAGACCCCCCUGUCGCUACCAUGUAAAAGUAGCCCUUUUAGACAAAAGACCCUGCAGAAGCCUGUGGGCCACACUGUGCCAGAUCUGUGGAUGUCUCCAGGGCUGGCACCAUGCUCUGUACCAGACUGUGCUGGAAGGCUCAGGCAGGCUGUCUGGACAUGUGGUCUUGUGUCCCGCUGCUAAGGACUCACUUCCUCGGGUGCAGUUCCAUGACUCCUGCUGUGCUUCAAGCCCCGCCACCACCCCCAGGUUUCCAGCCAGGCUCCCUCUUGAGCCCACAUAUCUUGAGAUCACAUCUGAACUUUUUCAGGUCAGACCUCAGGAAUCUGAGGACAAAUACUUGAGGAUAGCAUUUGGCACACUAGGGCCCAACCCAGGGAGGAAGGCCUUUGUAGGACCACCACCACCACCACCACUGGGCCAGCAGUGACAGGCCUUGCUCCCCUGGGCUCCUGCAGCCCAGAGGGUUCCAGGAAGUGGGCUAUGAAGGCUAAUCAGGCAGCUCUGCAUGUCACUGCAGAGUGAUAGCUACUGGCUGGUGCAGAAUGGAAUCCAUCUUGCUUCCUUAGAGUCUCACCAUGUCCCCACUUUAUCCCUCAUGCCCCAGCCUGGGGAGGACUGCUGCUCUUGAGCCCAGGGAGUAUAAGGCUGUGGGGUCAAGCUAACCUCUAUCCUCAGUGGGCACAGGAGGAGGGUGCCCACAUGGAUGGCACUUGAGGCUGUAACUGUUCUGUGAAUAUGUGUUACAUCAUUUGUAAGCUGGGACCUGCAAGUAGACUGUAGCAAACAAUGAUGGGGAAACAGCACAGCUGACUUGAUUUGCCUGCUGCUGUGAGUGGUUUGUGAACAGCUGUGGACACACACUCCCAUGGUGCCAUGUCCUGCUGAUCUGGCUCCUGCACUGGCACUCCAGGUGACUCCUCAGAGGUGCAACAGUGUGGGUGAGGUAGCAAGAGGGGCACUUGGCUACUGGAAGGCUCAUACUGUGAGACAUCAAAUUGAGUCUGAGCUUGUGGGGGUUCUAGUACCACAAGCUCAGACUCCUACAGUGGAAGGUACCAUGCAGGCAAGUGUGGGUUUGUCAGUACCCAAACUCAGACUCCAACAUUUUAUCUGCUGCACCAACUUCUUGUGAGGGUAGAUGGGCCUGGUAGCUGAGUACACAUUGGAGCCUCCUUCUCCAACAGGAAAUGUGCAGGCACAUAACAAGGCUUUCCCACAGGUUUGUUUCUUCCCACAUUUGGUGUGACUCCUCAUUUCUGAAGGCCACAGAAGGGGAUAGUCAGGUCCCUUUGGCCUUGCCUGACUCCACAGUGAGAGAAGAGCUCUCUAUCCCACCCAUACCUUAUGCUUAUGAGCUCUCCGUGGCUCUACACACACUGUCCACCCACUGAAACCCCUGUCCUGAGACAGCUCUCCAGAUGUCUGAGCUGUUUCCAUUCAGAGAAAAUAGGACCCAUAACCUUAAUUUUUCCAGAAAACAAAUUUGCUUAUCAUUGUCCAGACACACGCUACUAUGAAAGGAGAAGGGGAUUUAAAGUUUUACAAACGACAAGGAAAUAUUGUAUUAUACUUAAAAAGGAAUUAAGAGCAGGAAAGUGUUUGGUAGUUCCCACUGGAAGUUUCUCAUCAGUGUCUCCUGAGAAUCCUGAGUCACUCACCAUAGUGCUGUCAUUCAGCUGAGACAAGCAGACAAUUCUUAGUGUCCCGGUAUAGCUGCCAAUCUUUGAAAAGACAGGAAAUGCAGCUGAAAAGCCACUUAUUCAGAAGGCUCUUAAAAUCAAGGUAUCUGUCUGCACACCAUUUCCCACCAGGCACUCUCUCCUCCCCUUUGAGGUGUUUUGAGAAUAGAACUCUAGCCUGCUUCACUAAAGCAUCACCUGCAGAUGCUAAAAACUUAACCUGAGGGGUUUCCAGACUUGGCUCUGAGUGUUUGCUAGUUUGUGAGCCUCCCCUGGGUUUCUGCACAGCCACACCCGGGGGUGUGAGUACUCAGGCCAAACUUCACCCCAAGGAGGGUUCUCCCUGUAGACCAAGUCAGAUCAGCCCUCAAACAGCUCUGAAGAGGUAGAUAUACAUUGUAUUUAGGUGUAGUUUUGUACAUUUUCACACCUGUACAGAGAGCUUUUGGCAAGGUCAGGCUUUCUAAAGUUGAAGACUUAAAUAAGCACCAGCCUAAAGUGCAGUUCUUGAGAAAAAGAUGUGACAUAAACCAAAUGUGGGAAUGAACUUCUCUCAAACAAGUGUGCUGGGAAAGAUCCAGCCUCAUUCUUUGGCCCAUGAGAGAAUGCUUUGUUUCAAGUCUUCUUGUUUCUUUAUGAAAGGAAGCAGUCUCCCUUUUCUGAAGUCUUCCUCAGCAAAAAUUUACCAGAGUCUGAAGAUAUAAGUAACACUAGAUUACCCAUGUGGGACAGCUGGCCCUGCCUCCACACCCUCCUAGUGAAGUCACUCUAUACACGCCUGUGGUGUCUGUCCCAUUUCUGCCUGUAUUUAAAAGCAGCUGUGUCUACUUCAAAAUGACCUGUAUAUUAGCACAGAAUAUAAAUAUUACUCAGAAGUAACUGCAGGGAUUUUUAUGACAAAGUACAUUAAAAAUAAAAAAACACUAUAUCCCUAAAACAGGGAAAUAGUUUUGAGUACAUUGAGCCCACCCAACAACAUAAGGAAGUGUUUUAUUAUUAUUAUUAUUAGUGAUUUAAUAGUGACUGACAAGAUUGUAAGAUAAGAGGGGUACAUUUCCACACAAUCUCCACAUUCCCACCACCAGAGCUCCAUAUCCCUUCCUCUCCAUUGGAAGCUUUCUUAUUCUUUAUCCCUCUGGGAGUAUGGACCCAGGAUCACUAUGGGGUGCAGGUCUGGCUUCUGUAAUUGCUUCCCCACUGAAAGGGGCAUUGACAGAUCAGUCCCUACUCCUAGCCUGUUUCUGUCUUUCCCUAAUGAAACAGGACUCUGGGGAGGUGAGGUUGUCUACCCAGGGAAGUCAGGUUGGUGUCAGGGAAGCAUCUGCAACUUGAUGGCUGAACAUAAGGAAAUGUUUUUUAACAAAUGUCUUUUAAAAAUUUUUGUCAUUUAACAAGUGGCUUAAAGGAUACAUAAAGUUAAACAAUCUUGCUUCUUUAUAUUUCAUUAAAAGAACUCUUAAUUCAGAUCUUCCCCAUCAUCUGAAAGUAGAAUGUUUUGGUUUGGUAGGUUAUUUGGGGAGGUCUGGAAACACCACAUUUCCCAUACAGAUUAAUGGUAAUAGUCCCCCAUCCCAUAACCUACCAAAUCAGACCACAUAGGAGCAUUCUACUCUCAGAUAAUGGGACAUCUGCACUUAUUCUUGGUAGAGCUGCUUUAAAGUCCUCAGGGACAGUCAGGAGAGUAGAAGAAACCAUAGUUCUGUCCUGGCCAGGCCCAUCAUACUGAUGUAACAGUGGGGAGGCUCACCUAGUACUACUAGAACUCUAGGUGGCUGAUGACACACUGGGCAGGGCUACACAUUUCACUACUGUGUGUCAUUCUAAGGAAAAUGUGUAAGAACUGCAUCAUCCAAUAUGGUCACGCCAUCUGGGACAGUAUUCUGUUCUCCUGGGGUGAAUGAAGCAGUGUCUGUCUGCCCACCCCAGGGUGCACUAUGAACUCACUGAAGGAAUUAUGUUUUGGAAAAGCAGUUAUGUCUGUCUACCCACUACCUGUCACAUUUCCCACACACUUGGCUCUUCAUCUUUAUUAUCACAUAUCUCAGUUUUAAUUUCUAGUAAGCUAGGAAUAGGCUGUAAAAAAAAAAAAAAAAAAAACACAGUUCACUACUGUGUUAUGUUUAUAUCACAAAAUCUCAAAUAAAAUGAACUUUAGUAUUAAUAUACUGACUUUUGGGACUCAAAACCAUUUAAGUGAUGGAAAUUAAUUCAUAUGGUUUUUCCAGACUAAUAUUUAUUAAAUGUGAAGUCUCAUAAGUGGCUUCUCAACCAUCACAAUUUAUAAUGACUUUUCUCAUAAAUAUCCUACUUUUCUGUCAGGGUGAGUGUCUCAAUUCAACUAUUGAAGAUAAAAAUAUAUUCUGCCAAACUUUUGUAGGAACUUAUGUAGGAAGAACAAAAUGAAAAGUUAAACAAAAAAAAAGUGCAGUGGCAAGUUUGGAAAUAGUCCACAGCAGUCAAUUCAAAGCUACUGAUCCUUGUGCAAAGAACAAACAGCAUGUUAGCUGGUGUUUCAGUUCUAUACUAAUGCUAAUGAUGAUGUUCCCUGGGUAAACAAGUAGGUGCAAAAACCAGUAAAGGCCUCACCACAUAGCCCCCAGCUACAGAGCUGGGGCUGAGGGUGGAGGUACAGAUUGUGGAGGGGAACCCCCAGGCUGGGCAGCUUGUCAGGCAGCAGGGGUCCUCAAGAGAACAGCCUGGGUUUGCUCUCACUUUCUCUCUUGACAAUUCAAGACUUAAUGGCUUAAUUUGUUGCUUUAAAGUCUCUGAUCAACUGUUCGCUAAAACUGAAGUAUUACUUUGUCAAGAUAUUUAUUCCUUUGUGUGACAUGCUAGAUUCCUGUGGAUACAGCUGGUCAUUUCUAUUUUGUAAAUACUACCUAACUUUACCUAACUGUAUCACAAUAAACUAUUUUUGCAUCACCCU